AUGAAAAGAUUUAUUUCAAAUGUUUCAAAACAAAUUUUAAUUAAAAAUCCAAUUAUUAAAAAUAAUAAUAAUUGUAAAAUAAUUAAUAGUUUUUCAAACAUAUACAAACAACAACCACUACAAAAACCAAUUAGUUCAUUAUUUAAUAAUAAUUUUAAAAAUUAUAAUCAAAGAUUUUAUUGUGAAAAACAACAACAACCAAAUAAUUCAGAAUCAGUUACAAAUGCAGAGAUUGAUCAUCAUGGUGAAGAUACAGAAAAUGAAUUUAAACCAGUAGUUGUUGAUGGUGUUAGAAUCGAACCAAAAUAUUAUAUCGAAUUUACAUGUACAUACGUUGAUCCAAAAUUAAAAACUGAAUGUGGUUUCGUUUCAAAGAAAACUUUUUCAAAACAUUCUUAUCAUAAAGGUGUAGUUUUAAUUAGAUGUGAUGGUUGUAAAAAGAUUCAUACAAUUGCUGAUAAUUUAGGUUGGACAGGUUAUGAAAAUGCCAAAAAUAUUGAAGAAAUUAUGGCAGAAAAAGGUGAAACAGUUAGAAGAUAUUUACUUAAACAAGAUGAAAUUGAAGAUGAAAAGAAAUCUGAUGAGCCAGUUUUAAUUGGUAGUUCAAAUAAAAAUGAAGAACCUAAAAAAUAA